AUGGAAAAUGACAUGCCUCGAGAGAGAACCAGGGAGUUAAUCAGGGAUAAUGACAAUUUUGAUUAUUCUAAGUUUUAUGAUAGUGAAUAUGAUCUUGAUGAGGAUGACAGGUUGUAUGAGACAAACGUAGAUAAAGAUGUUGAAUGGGUUGGUGUAGGUGAUAAGGGUAAGGAUGUGAAGGAUGAUACUUUAGCUUUUUAUGGUAUAGAUGAAGAUGAUGUGCAUUCCGACUAUACAGAUUCAGAUGAAUUAUGUAGUUUUGAUGAUUCAUCUUCAGAGGAUGAUGGUGUCAAUGUGAGGAAGCCAAAGUUUCCUAAGUCUGGAAAAUGUGGUGUAAGGGGAUAUAAUAAGAGAAGUUGUAGAGUUGAUAUGAUAAAUCUAGCCAUAGGUUCUGGGACAGGUGUAGGGGAAUGUGUUGAGGCUGGUACAAGGGCUACUGCAACUGGUGGAACAAGUGCAAGGACUGCUGCUGCAAGUGUUAAUGUAAAAAGAAAGAGAGCCAACAAGGAAGGUGCAAGGACAAUGUCAAGUAGAGUGAUUGCUGCAGGAGCAAACACAGAUUGA